AUGAAUAGCGAAUUAAAAGUAGUACGAUCGCUCUUGCAAGGAAUAAAGAAUACGUCGCAAUGGAAAACUCUUGGCGACAAACGAAUGGUACAAUAUAUUUUGAAAGAGACACGUGUUCAUAAAGAAACAUGCGAAAUUUAUUGUAAAGCUCGCGAGGAAUUGAAAACUUUGGCUGACAAUUAUUUACUUUAUCUCACGUCUCGUCAAAAGUAUGAAGACAUUCAAAGGCAAUUUAGUGGUAAAGGUGAACGCAGCGUUCAGGAAGUUGCUGAGUUAGUUGGUUUCAAAUUACCCAAUAGUACAAAGUAAUUUAUCUAUUUUUUAAAUAUGUAAUAUUGUAAAAAAUUGUAUCAUGUAUACAUGAAAUAUAAUACAGUUUGUCUAUA